AGUAUUGAUAGGGAUCCCCACCUUCCUUUUCAACGUCAUUCCACCAUUCGUUUAAAAUCCUCGCCGGGGCCAUCGCGACCACUCCUCAUCACAACCGUUCAGUUCACUCGACGCCUCCUCCUCCGUCACCGCCAUGUCGAAGAAGGACUGCGGCAACCACUGCCACGACGGAAAGGAGAAGCUCUACCGCCGCCUCUUCGGAUGCCUCCUUGCCACCAUCUUCGUGAUCCUGCUGAUCAUCCUCAUCGUCUGGCUGGUCCUCCGGCCGUCCAAGCCGUCGUUCGUCCUCCAGGACGCCACCGUCCUCCAAUUCAACGUCACCGGGGCCCCCAACCUGCUGAGCGCCACGCUGCAGGUGACGCUUGUCUCCCGCAACCCCAACGAUCGGGUGGGCGUCUACUACGAGCGGAUGGAAGUGUAUGCCGCCUACAUGAACCAGCAGGUGACCCUCCGUACGGUGCUGCCGCCGACCUACCAGGGCCACGGCGAGAUCUCCGUCUGGUCCCCCUUCCUCUCCGGCAACAAUGUCCCCGUAGCCCCCUUCCUCGCCGCCUCCCUCGCCCAGGCCCAGUCGUACGGCACCGGCAUGUUCUCCAUCCGCGUCGACGGCUGGGUCCGGUGGAAGGUCGGCAGCUGGAGCUCGGGCCGUUACCACCUUUACGUCGACUGCAACGCCUACCUCACCCUCACCGGCCGCGGAAAGCCUGCCGUCUUCCCCAUCGCCCACUGCUACACCGAUGUCUGACGGCCGUCCGAUCUACGAAGCAAAGGGUCAAAUGCAAGAGAAAUAACUCGUUAUGCCUUGUAUAUUUUUUAUUAAUAGUUAUUAUUAUGAAUAUUUCCUCGAAAAAGAAGAAUGCAUCCCUCUUUGUACUGAUUCAGAACUGCAGACAUUUUCAAUAAUAUGUUAAGAAUUCUGUUA